AGUGACCUAUUCUAUACCGAAGCGCUUGUCAAGCGUGUCUCCGCCAAGAUGGUUGUCGGUGCCUUCCCUAUCGCCAAGCUCCUCUACCUCGGAGUGAGGCAGAUGAGCAAGCCUGUGGCGAACCGAAUAAAAGCGGGAGCCCGGAGGAGCGAGUUCUUUAAGACAUACAUCUGUCUGCCGCCGGCACAGAUUUACCACUGGGUUGAGAUGAGAACGAAGAUGCGGAUAAUGGGCUUUCGGGGCUCCACCAUCAAGCCACUGAAUGAGGAGGCAGCUGCAGAGCUGGGUGCGGAGUUGCUGGGAGAGGCGAUCAUCUUCGUCAUUGGUACUGGAUGUAUGGUGCUGGAGUACAGCAGGCAGGCGGCCAACUCUCGCCGCAAAGAAGAGGAGCAGAGCGAGACCAUCACAAGCCUACAGACUCAACUAGGAGAACUAACACUUACCACAGAGAUUCUAGAUGCUCAGCUGAGAGAGAUCAAUAGGCUACUGCUGUCCUAUCCUGUUCCUACCAAAAAGUGAUGAAAUUAGCCGUGUCUGUUGGUCUGUGUGUGAAAGAACAAGAGUGCACACACAGAGUACUGCCAUAUGUGCAGAUUGAUAAUGACCCCGCUUCACACACAGCCCAUUAAGUUGGCUGGAACAGGUGCUUAUAUAAUAUAUCAGUGCGCUGUGGAUUUGGGAGCUGUCAUUAACUCAUGUUUAAACUGAGCAACCAGUUGGUAAGGGGGAUUGCUAUGAUAUUCAUAGUUUAUGUCUAAGGUUGAUCUUGCAUGUUCAUUAUAAAUUUGACUGUAUAUAAGGAUUUAUAAUUUAAUGGCAAAUUGAAGUUAAUAUAUUUUACAACAGCUUCAGCAUAAUGAUUGGUCUUUAUAUUCCAGUGAUCCUUAUUGACCUUAAUCACUUGGGAGAGACUCUAGCUUAUAUGAUGAUAAUAAUUUGCAUAAAUGAGCAACAUUUUGUGCGCUUGAUUGAUGGCCAAACAUGGACAAAAACACAAACAAACACCAGAUCACAUUGGGUUAUUCUUAUGUGCCUGCCCCUACAGUUUCAUUGACAUGUCAUGUUAUAAUUACACUGUAAAUCUCCUUUAUGGUUCAUUUACAUUAGAUGUGAUGACAACUGUAAUCAUAAAGGUGUGAAAUAAAAUGGUAAGCAGUCUGUUAAUAGAGUUUUUGUCACUUAACACAAAAGUGUACACUGAAAAAAAGUACUCAAUGUAGAAAAAUGUCCCAUGUGACUACUACUAUUAUUUCAAUAGCUUAUUAUUACUUGCAGUAAUGCUAAAGCAGGGUUUUACUGUUGACACUUUUUUUUACUAUUAUGUAUAUGAUUGAAAAUAGUGACAAUUCACGUCACAAUUACUUA